AUUCUCUCUCUUACCACUCAUCCGGCUCGUCGUCGUCCACGUCCACCACUCUCGGGUUUUGCUCCUUGGGCGACAUUGUGAUUGAAAUUAUUGCAGGUGAAUAAGGCGCUGGUAGUUGUUUGUCAGGACGAGGAAUUGUCGGAGGGAAUUCUUGAACUCCGAAAUGUCAUCCGCAGGCCCCAACACCACGGGGAAGAAGGUCAACGUCCUGGUCUACUCCGGCAAUGGAACCACCGUUGAAUCCGUCCGCCACUGCCUCUACACUCUCCGCCGCCUGCUAGCCCCCCACUAUGCCGUGAUCCCUGUGACAGCCGACAUGCUCAUCAAGGAGCCAUGGACCCUCACCUGCGCCCUACUCGUGAUCCCCGGCGGAGCCGAUCUAGGAUAUUGUCGAGCCCUGAACGGUCCAGGUAACCGCCGAAUUGAACAGUUCGUCCGCCGAGGUGGCGCCUACUUGGGUUUCUGUGCGGGGGGUUACUACGGCUGCAAACGGUGCGAGUUCGAGGUCGGCGAUAAAACCUACGAGGUGAUCGGGGAUCGCGAGCUGGCUUUCUUCCCGGGUAUCUGUCGAGGAUGCGCAUUCUCUGGCUUUGUUUAUCAUAGCGAGGCCGGUGCGCGGGCGGCGGAGCUGAAGGUGUCCAAGGAGGCCUUGAAUGUGGGCAUUGUGCCGGAGAGCUUCCGGUCGUAUUACAAUGGGGGCGGCGUCUUCGUGAAUGCAUCCUCGUAUGCGGAUAAGGGCGUCGAGGUGCUGGCCAGCUAUACAGAGGAGCUCAAUGUCGACUCGGGAUCGGGUGCGGCGGCUGUUGUCUACUGCAAAGUAGGUGAGGGGGCGGCGGUUCUGACGGGGCCACAUCCGGAAUUCGCUGCCGUGAACCUCGACAAAAAUGCCGGCGGUCCGGAAUACGGCAAAUUGGUAGACGGCUUAGCUGCGGAUGACAGGGCGCGGACGGACUUCCUAAAGGCCUGUUUGACGAAGUUGGGACUGCAAGUCACACAGAACACGACGACCGUGCCGUCACUUUCUUCGCUGCAUAUCUCUUCCAUGGACCCAGCUGAUACCUCCUCGAUUCUUUCGUCACUGCAGGAACUCAUCACUACUGAUGGAGCGCACCAGUACCUCAAGGAUGAGAACGACACGUUCCGCAUCGAGAAGCCUGAGGCUUGGAAUAUGCAAUCGCUACAAGAGGCCCUUCCGGACGAUUCGAAAGAGGACUCGGGUAAGGCUGAAGAGGGCAUCAUCGAUUACAAUGCUAUUGUAAAACACCUUGUGAUCCAUGAAGACGUACCAUCGUCGAAGAUGACCCCCUAUUUCAACCACCAUGCGUUCUAUUCCAAUCUCCGGCAAUACCAAUCGCAAAUGAAGGAGGGCGCGUCGGAGUUUGGCUCCAGCAUUGUCUAUGGAGAGGUUGUCACGAGCACUAACACCAUACUAGAAAAAAAUCCGAAGCUUCUUCGCAACUUGCCGAACGGGUUCACGGCCACCGCUACUACGCAGGUCGCAGGACGAGGCCGAGGCUCCAACGUCUGGGUGUCGCCCGCGGGCGCCCUAAUGUUCUCGACGGUGGUCCGCCACCCAAUGGAGAAGAUGCAGUCUGCGCCGGUUGUCUUCAUUCAGUACCUAGCAGCCAUGGCGGUGGUGCAAGGUAUCAAGAGCUACGACAAGGGCUUCGAGGAGAUGCCUGUCAAAAUGAAAUGGCCGAAUGACAUCUAUGCCCUGGAUCCCGAGAACGCUGAUAAGAAACGCUAUACCAAAAUCUGUGGUAUUCUGGUAAACUCGCACUACUCAUCGGGCGAAUACACGUCAGUGGUCGGCAUCGGCGUCAACGCAACCAACGCGUCGCCGACUACUUCUUUGAACGCGCUGGCCGCACACUUCCUCGGUAAUAAAACGGCGCCUAUUACCCUUGAAAAGCUCCUGGCACGAUUCUUAACCACGUUCGAAGAGCUACACACUCGCUUCCUCCGAACGGGUUUCGAUAAAACAUUCGAGGAGAUGUACUACAGUGACUGGUUGCAUAUGCAUCAGGUUGUUACUUUGGAAGAAGAAGGCGGCGCCAGGGCCCGAAUCAAGGGUAUCACCCGAGACUAUGGGUUAUUGCUCGCCGAGGAAUUGGGAUGGGACGAUCGGCCGACCGGGCGGAUAUGGCAAUUGCAGAGCGACAGUAAUAGCUUCGACUUCCUCCGCGGACUGGUGAGGCGUAAAGUGUAGCCUAGAUUCGAGAUAGAUUCACGAUACACGUCAUGGGUGACAAGAAUAGAAUAUAAAGAGAUGUUGCUAUAUUUGGUGGGAAGGCUGAGCACUGUCAAGCAAGUGCCAAGGAGGCUUGGCCAACUGCCCUAAGACAAGGCUGAGCGGGACAGAAGUGGAUCCCUCCGGUUGUUACGCCGGCAGCAGCUCAGCGUCAACAAGCUGUCAACAACUUCCAGUUGACCUGGUAAUUCGCUCAGAAACCCCUGUCAAACCAGGUCUCCUAGCGUAUUCUCCCCAUGGGAGGUCCAACAAGAGACUGAGACUACCUGAAACGGCCCGUAAUCACGGCGUCAGCCCUCGUCCAUUCCUUCGAAUUCUCUCAGCUAACACAAAUUUGGGAUUCGCCGAUCAUGUGCCGUGAUCAUCAGGCACCAGGAUUAUUUA